AUGGUUGUCCGGCGCGAAGAAGCGCAUCGGGCGCUGGAACUGCUUGAAGAGUACCACUCGUCGCUCACAUCACCGCAAGACAAACAGUUGCGAAACGCCAUCGAGAGAGUGAUCCGCAUAUUUAAGUCGCGACUCUUUCAGGCGCUGCUCGAUAUCCAAGAGUUUUACGAAUUGACUCUUUUGGACGCAAAUAAGUCUGUCGUCCAGAAGACCACCGAAACCAUUGACAUCGCCUCCAAGUGGGAGAACUCGCCUCUGGUGUCCGGUUCGGGCAGUUCUCUGCAGUCAAAUAGCAGUCCAUUACUGGGCGGUGACAACAGUUACGAGCGGCUGUCGACCCGAUCUUUUACCACCAAAAGCAGUGACGCCUUAUAUCGGGGCGAAGAAGACGCCGACAUUAGGGGUAAACACGUGUUUAUCGCCGACUCGUCGGAGGACAUCGAUUUGUCCCAAUCGUUGGAUGCGUUGUCGCGUAUGGAAAGACUGACCCAUUCCUCGUCUCCCUUUCCAUUCAUCAAAACAAUGGCUGAUUCGCCGAAUCGAAAGAGCGGUGAUAUUAUUCGUUCGGUUCUUCACAACAAUAACAGCGAUACCAACAAUGAGAACCAUUCGCACAACGACUUGAUGAACGAAGAGCUCCUUCUGGAGGGCCAGUGGGAGUACGAAGAGAUCACUCUCGAGAGGGGAAACUCGGGGCUCGGCUUCUCGAUCGCCGGCGGCAAAGAUAAUCCGCACAUUUCGGACGACCCGAGUAUUUACAUCACGAAACUGAUCACAGGAGGCGCCGCCGCCAACGACGGCCGGCUACAGGUCGAGGAUAUAAUCCUCAAAGUAAACGAAUACGAUUUGGUAGACGUCCCGCACUCGGCGGCCGUCGAAGCCCUCAAAAGGGCCGGAAAUAGAGUGCAUUUGUUGGUGAAGAGGCGAAAGUUGGCACAAAUGCCCGCAAACUAUCAGUUACUCGAAAUUGAAUUAAUUAAAGGCAAUAAAGGACUCGGUUUUAGUAUCGCCGGCGGUAUUGCCAAUCAACACAUCGCCGGCGAUAAUGGCAUUUACGUGACCAAAAUCAUGGAGAGCGGGGCCGCGCAUCUGGACGGCCGGCUCGACGUCGGCGACAAAUUAGUGGCCGUCGGCGACAAGAAUCUUGAGAACGUGACCCACGAGGAAGCGGUGGCCACACUGAAGGCCACCAGCGAUCGCGUACUUCUCACUGUCAUUAAAUACAGACCACUCACACCAAUACAACACAAUCUGGUCUCUCAUUACACGAAUCGCAGUCAUUCAUCGCUGUCGGGCACCGCUUCGGUCGGCAAUAUAGCCGCCGCGGAACCGACGGCCGCCGUCUCCACGCGUUCACUACAGACACCGCCACUCAAUCAGACCGUCGAUUACUCGUCGGAUAUGUUCGCCUCUAAGUCUAGUGUCAACACUCCGAAGGCCUCGAGCGAAGAGGACAUGACUCGUGAGCCGCGGCGUGUAGUGCUGUCGAAGGGCGGAACGGGUCUCGGCUUUAAUAUAGUGGGCGGCGAAGACGGCGAAGGAAUUUUCAUAUCAUUCAUUUUGGCCGGCGGUCCGGCAGACCUCUGCGCUGAGCUUAAACGUGGCGAUCAGGUUAUGUCCGUCAACGGAGUCGACCUCAGGGGCGCGACUCACGAACUGGCGGCACAAGCGUUGAAAAACGCCGGACAGACCGUCACUCUUGUGGUGCAGUACAGGCCUGAAGAGUACAAUAGAUUUGAGGCAAAGAUCCAUGACUUGCGCGAACACAUGAUGAUGAAUACCACCGGAACACUGCGGACGUCGCAGAAGAAGUCACUCCACGUGAGGGCUCUCUUCGAUUACGACCCGUUGCGUGACUCGGGUCUCCCCAGUCGUGGCCUUCCCUUCAGAUUCGGAGACAUUCUGCACGUGAUUAACGCGUCGGACGACGAGUGGUGGCAAUCGAGGAAACUGUUGCCCGACGGCGAAGAGGAGACCGGCUUUGGUAUCAUUCCAUCGAAACGACGGGUAGAGAGGCGAGAGAGGGCUCGACUUAAAUCUGUGAAAUUUCACGGCAAGAAUAACUUCUCGACCGACGGCAAGACGUCAACCAUUGACCGCAAAAAGAAGAACUUCUCGUUUUCGCGAAAGUUUCCGUUCAUGAAAUCGCGCGACAGUAACGAAGACAUCUCCGACGCCGACAGAGAGUCGCCCACCAAAGACGUGGGCAACGCCUCGUCAACCAUAUCAGUUCAGGCGGCGGUCGCGGCCAGCGGUGACUCCGAAGUGAGUUCACUCAAAGGCGAUGAAAUCAUUUUGUCGUACGAAGCCGUCUCUCAACAGGAGAUCAAUUACGCCCGACCUGUGAUAGUGUUGGGACCCAUCAAAGACCGCAUUAACGACGAUCUCAUCAGCGAAUAUCCCGACCGAUUCGGUUCGUGUGUUCCGCACACGACUCGCUCCAAACGGGACUUUGAAGUGGACGGACGGGACUAUCAUUUCGUGUCAUCGCGGGAACAGAUGGAGAAAGACAUACAGAAUCACCUGUUCAUAGAGGCCGGUCAGUACAAUGAGAACCUUUACGGCACUUCUGUGGCUUCGGUACGCGAAGUGGCCGAAAGCGGGAAGCAUUGCAUUCUGGAUGUGAGCGGAAACGCCAUAAAGCGUCUGCAAGUGGCAGGUCUUCAUCCGAUCGCCAUUUUUAUAAAACCCAAAUCUAUUGAAUCGAUUAUUGAGAUGAAUAAGAGGACGACCGAAGAACAGGCGCGCAAACAAUACGAACGGGCGGUGAAACUGGAACAGGAGUUCGCCGAAUACUUCAUAGCAAUAGUGACCGGAGACACACCCGAAGAGAUCUAUGCAAAGGUAAAGCUGGUGAUCCACGACCAGUCAGGCCCUACCAUUUGGGUGCCCGCGAAGGAUAAGCUUCAAUGA